AUGUUUUUUUCGAAACCAUCAGUCGAUGAGCUGAAAUCAUGGGGUCCCGGACAGUUGUGAGCACUUUUUUUGUUUUUAUCUGCGGCACGUCUGCGGCACGUCUGCGGCGCGUCUGCGGCACGUCUGCGGCGCGUCUGCGGCACGUCUGCGGCGCGUCUGCGGCACGUCUGCGGCGCGUCUGCGGCACGUCUGCGGCGUGUCUGCGGCACGUCUGCGGCGUGUCUAUAUAAUGUUCAGUUUUCAGAUUCCGUGAAUCCUUCAACAAUUCGACAGCCGAAAUCCGAGCGCUCAACUACGGAAUAGCCAAAUUGGCAAUUUAUGAGGAAUGGGAAGAGGACGACAGUUUUUGCAUUUGCCUCAAAGUGUGGGUCGAUAAUAACGGAAACUCUCGGCAAAUUUUAGGUGCGAAUAAUAAUAAUAAUAAUAGAAAAGCAUUCGUUUUUUGAGAUGAGCCAUUGAAUUUCUGGCUAAAAGCGACCGACUUCACCGAUCGUCAAGGCAUUUUCGAGAUCUAUUCAGUUGGAUUUUAUGGACAGUGAGUUGAAGACCGGAUUUUCAAAAAAAUUGUGUGAUACACGACUUUUCUUCUUGAGUUACAGACGCAUCGACGAGGACAGUUGGAAUCUGGAGACCGCAGACGUUCUCGAAGGUGUGGCGAUACUUUUGGAGUACCUCAUCGACAUGUUCCCCGCUUUCAUUCACCAACUUCACUGGGGAAUCGCCGACACGUGGCAUCUGUUCGCCGAAACGAUACUUUCGUUCGACUACGAGUUUUCGAGUGUCCAACUGCUCACAUUGCUCAAGGAUGUUUCGCGUGAACAGUUGGAGGAGUUGAGCAGGAUGGUGCCGAAUUGGGAAUUGAUGCAAAUGUUCGGCAAGGUUGGUCGUAACGUCAAAUCGAUGUAUGAUCAAGUGAGUUCAGGAUUGACGCCUAAUUUCUUCGGAUUCAAUGAAGUCGCACCAAUGAACCAUUGAAAGACAAAUAUUACUAAACAAAGCAAUUACGCAUAGAUUUCUGUCCUUCUUACUCUCACAUUUUCCCUCCCCCCCCCCGCCGAAACGUACCCAUUCAUUUCAUCCUACUCACAUGUAUAAUCAGCCUACCUUCCAUUCCAAUUAGCGCCUUAUCCCUCGAGUCCCCCCUUGUUAGAUUUGAAGACGAAACGUAGACCACGCCCCUUUCGUGCAACUCUCAAAGACACGCGACUUUUCAAAGGGAUUCGUCUAUUUCGCACAAACUUCUUCGAGCCCGACACAGAGAAAUGCUGUGCAUCAGUGUUGAGCGGAAUUCCGUCUUCCGGGAUUUCAAAAAAAAAAACCGGAGAAAAAAUUCUGAAUUGACGAUUUUUUUUGUUCCCUCUUCCGUCUUCCGUUUUCCGUGUUCCGUAAAAACGAUUUCUUCCGUCUUCCGUCUUCCGGAAUUUUUUGUUCUUACCGUAAAAGAGUAAUAGCUUUUCAGCAGCCAUUUACUAGCCCCGAAGAACGCGAAUUUCCACGCGCAAUGGCCCAGAUUCAAAAUUUUUUAGUUAUUUUUUUUUUAAAAAAAACCGGAAAAAAAUUCUGAAUUGACGAUUUUUUUGUUCCGUCUUCCGUCUUCCGUUUUCCGUGUUCCGUAAAAAAAAAUUUUUUUUUCAAAAAAACCGGAAAAAAAUUCUGCAUUGACGAUUUUUUUAAUUCCGUCUUGCGUCUUCCGUUUUCCGUGUUCCGUAAAAAAAUGUUUUUUUCAAAAAAACGGAGAAAAAAAUUCUGCAUUGACGAUUUUUUUGUUCCGUCUUCCGUCUUCCGUCUUCCGUUUUUCCGUGUUCCGUAAAAAAAUGCUUUUUCAAAAAAACAGGAGAAAAAAAUUCUGAAUUGACGAUUUUUUUGUUCCCUCUUCCGUCUUCCGUUUUUCCGUGUUCCGUAAAAAGAUUUUUUUCCGUCUUCCGUCUUCCGGAAUUUUUUUUGUUCUUACCAUAAAAAAAGAAAUAGCUUUUUCACCAGCCAUUUACUAGCCCCGAAGAACGCGAAUUUCCAUGGGCAAUGGCCCAGACUCAAAAAUUUUUGUUGUUUAGUUAUUUUUUUCAAAAAAAAAACCGGAUAAAAAUUCUGCAUUGACGAUUUUUUUGUUCCGUCUUCCGUCUUCCGUCUUCCGUCUUCCGUGUUCCGUAAAAGAAAUUUUUUUUUCAAAAAAAAAACUGGAUAAAAAAAUUCUGAAUUGACGAUUUUUUGGUCCGUCUUCCGUCUUCCGUUUUCCGUGUUCCGUAAAAAAAUGUUCUUCCGUCUUCCGGAUUUCAAAAUUCCAUUUCCGCUCAACUCUGCUGUGCAUGCUCUGAAAUGUCAGUGGCGGGCCCUCAACGAGUCUCACAACAUUUCUUACACCUCAUCACCCAAGUUUCGAUGCUAUUCAACAGACUUUUUUAAAAAUAUAAUUGCUCUCAAAAUAUUCAUCACACCCGAUCCGUCAAAAGACGUGCAAGAGCACAGAUUGAAUCUUUUCUCGAAUAUAAUUGGGUGCUGGACGAAAAACUUCGUGUGCGAUCCGUCUACGUGAUAUUCGCAGUCUCUCUUCCCCCCCGUUCAAUUUUUCCAGACGCGAUCAUGAGUUCUCUACGACGCCCGCUUCAAUGGUGCCAAUUCGAAGCGUAUUUAUCUGGAAAAUCGCCCAGAGAGCUGUAAGUUCAAGUACUUUUUCAUUUUCUCUUACGGUCUCCAGAGCUGACAAUAUGGGCGCGUGGCCUCGGCGGCCAAAUGGCAUUUUCAUGAAUUGAGCACGUUUUCUAUGAUUUUUGUGGUCAAAAGCGAUGAAAAAUGAUUGCGCGACAUGAAAACACACUAAUUCUCAGAAUUAAUGACGUUUUGGCACGGAACCCCCCAGCCCCUUCCAAUAAAAAAUUCCCUUGGCACGCAAUUCACGUGCGCUAAACAAGGCGCGAGACGCGUAAUUUCGGAGCGUCGUUGUAGAGUUUCUCAUUUCAAUUUUCCCUUUUUUUUGCAUUAUUCCCAUCUUUUCAGAACCAAUCAGUGUCAAAACCUAUGAUUAUGAUUAGAAAUGAAUAAAAAAUAAAAUUUUAACUGCUUCGUCAUCAAUUUCGAAACGUUUUAUGUGAAAAUUACAGAAUUUUUUUCCUUUUAGAAUCGAAAAUUUGCCUCAAUUAUCUCAAUUCUGUAUAUUUUUCGACGGUUGAGCGCUUAAAAGAUGCGCAAUAAACUCCUUGUUGAGUGUCCGAGCUCGAUUCGGCAAAUGAUCGUUAAAACUCCGUUUUUUCAGUAGUUUUCGACAAAAUCCCUCAAUUUGGUCAAUUCUGAACGAAUCUGCUCCGUUUCGCGCUUAAAUCGAUGCUUUUAACUCAGACAAUCGCCCUACGGUUCGCAAAGAACAAAAUUUGAAUGUGUUUAUUAAGAGAAAAACGAAAGAAUUCUGGGUUUCAAUUGAAAAAAGAAACUCCGAGUCGACGGUGGAUGCAAGCGCGCCCCAUUGACAACUCGCUUGCGCAUUGGAAUGCUGGGGUUCCGUGUUUGGCGCAUUUUUCGCCGACUUUGCUUUUUCGCCUUCUCAUUUUGCGCUUUCUUGACCGUUUGCAGACAGAAUUGGUUUUGAGAAUGAUAAAUCACGUAAAUACAAGCAUUUUGAGCGCUCGAAUUGCGAAAAUUACCGAAAAACAACUGAAAUUCACGCAGUUUUAGCCAAAAACCUUCAAACGGAUAAAUGUGAUUUGCGACUUGACCAAAUUUAACGCUCUUGCGCUUAAAAAAUUCGUAAUAGCCUAUACAAUCGGUCUAUCGAGAGACAAAUGAGAAAUUAUCGAUUUUUCGUGGCUAAUCUGGCAAAAAACACAAAUUUUGCUGUUUUUUGAAUUUUUUGAAUUUCGCGCCAAUGUAUCAUUGUCAGCUCUGAGGAGACCGUGAUAUGUGCACUUUUUCAGAUUCAUUUAUUCCCUGGACAAUGGUCGAAUGUGGACUGUUCAACAGCUAAACUAUGGCAUUUCCGAUCUCGUCAUUCGAGACGAUCGCGGUCAUCUGGAGAUUUCGGUGUGCAUCGGCAAGAUGAAUGUGUCGCGGAGCACGUUUCGAGCGGGCAAGGAUCGCCAUAAAAGAGGUACCACACUGGAAAAUGAUGGAAAAACGACGUUUUUUAAGCAUUUCACCUCACCAUCAGUCCCCUUCGUGUCGAAUGCAAAGAGGAUCGACUCGUGUGCAAAAAGUGGUCCACCUGGUUCCGCGAAAAGUUAGUUUUUUUUUUGAAGGCACAUAUCUCAAAAAGCGCUGGUUGUAUCGAAAAGUGGUCAACUGAGAAAAUGUCUAAAAUUCCGUGCUCUACAAUUUUGUAGUUGAACAUUUUACACCAAAACUCUUCAUUUUUGAGAUAUGAGCCUUUUUCCAAGGCCUUACUGAUAUUUGCGUUUGCAACUAUAGAACUUGCAGAAAUCACUGAAUUUUCGGUACGUAGACACCCAUUUUCAGAGAGUACAACAGCAGUCACAUGCAAUUGUACACCGAGCAGCCGAUCCGUACAAUCUCGCAAAUUCUGGACCAUGUGUUCCGUGCGUUUCCCGCCUUUGCUCACAAUCUUCAUUUUUGUGUGGAACUUCUUCCCAUCAACAACUUUUCGGCAAUUUUAAAGUCGAAAAUGUUCCGCUCGUUCGAAGCGUUGACACUUUUCAAAGAUAUCACCGUGUGGACGACGGAUUAUCUCGAGGCAUUGAUUGGAAAAAUGGAAAAGUUGAAGAGGAUCAAUUUCGAGAAAAGCGCAAAGUAUUUCGACGUUUCAAAUGUGGGUUUUACUGGCCGAAACAAGUCGAAAAGUCGAUUUUGCAGUACCCACAAAUCACGGAAAUCUCACUGGACAAUGGCAACAAAAUCGGCGAGGCCCUGUUCAUGACGCUCAACUUCCAAGUGAUUAUCAUUCGAAAAUUCAACGUCGCGCCGGAAAAUCUGCGGAAAAUCGUCAAUUCGUGGGCGGCCGGAAGACGGAAUCUCAAAAAAAUGUAUUUGAUUUUCGAGCGGCCGUUCGAGAGACUCGACUUGUUUCGGGGAAAACAUUUUAAGAAGGAGUACGUCGAUUUAAAAAAAAAAGUCAUUUUGAGCCGAAAAAACGCGGUUUUCAGAGAAAUGGACACUCCGGUUGUGAUGAAAAAUCGAGCGGGAAUCGUCGGCGCGCACGUGCUCACCGAUAAAGUUUUCUAUUUCGAAACUUGA